GUUUUUCCACCAAAAGUUGGCUGAAUUUAAGGGAAGCCAAGAAAAACUAAAGAAAGCGACAUCGGUCUCAACCAAGGCCUUGGAGGCAUCUUAUGCCGUGUCGCUACUCGUUGCUAAAUCGAAAAAGCCAUUUACCAUAGCCGAAGAGCUAAUCUUGCCUGCUGCUAUAAUUCUCGCAGAAACUAUGCUCGAUAAGAAAGCAGCUGAUGUCCUGAAGAAAGUGCCGUUGUCAAAUAAUACUGUGUGCCAUCGGAUCGACGACAUGGGAAUUGACAUUAUUGACUCAAGUGGUGGAAAAAUGUAAAGCGUCUGGUACGUUCGCUUUGCAGUUGGACGAAUCAACGGAUGUCAGUGGGGAAGCACAACUGAUUGCGUUUGUGCGUUACAAAGACACUUUGGAGAUGAACGAGCACAUUCUGUUUUGCAAGAAACUCACGGGGAGAACUACCGGACAGGACGUUUUUAACGUUAUUGACAAUUUUUUCUCUCAACACAAGCUGGAUUGGAAAUCCUGCUCUCAUGUGUGCACAGACGGCGCUGCGGCGAUGACCGGCAGAGUAAAUGGAUUAAUGGCCCACAUAAAAAAGGUAAACCCUGACGUUACAUGGACGCACUGCAUGAUUCACCGAGAAGCAUUAGCUAGCAAGAGAAUGAGUCCAGAGUUAAACGAUGUUUUGAAUGAUGCCGUAAAAGUGAUCAACUUCAUACAGUCCAGGCCUUUGAAUCAUAGACUGUUUCAGUCACUUUGUGAAGACGGUGGGUCAGAACAUAAACAGCUCCUGCUUCACACUGACGUCCGCUGGUUAUCCCGAGGGAAGACGUUACAGCGGCUGUUCGAGCUACGCAAUGAAGUGAGGGCAUUUCUGUCGGAGCACACACACCCACUUGUGGCUAUGUUCGACGACGCUGACUGGGUAGCUCGGCUGGGAUACCUCUCUGAUAUUUUCAGCAAACUCAACCAGCUGAAUCUCUCUCUUCAAGGUAAAGACACAAAUGUUCUUAGCUUGUAUGACAAAGUGUGUGGAUUCAUGGAGAAGAUCAAGCUCUGGCAGAGCAAAUGUGAAAAAGGGGAUACAAGUUGUUUCCUGCAGCUGAACGGAUACAUUGCUACUGGUGAAUGUGACAGAGCUCCAAUUGUGAAAAUAGUACACACACAUUUGUCCAAGCUCAAGAAUGAGUUCAACUCCUACUUCCCUGAUAUUGACAACAAGUCAUCCACACUGGACUGGGUGCGUAAUCCAUUUGUGACGUGCAUUAACAGCAGCAUUCCCGCCAGACUGCAAGAAGACCUCAUAGAUGUGUCCUCAGAUAGGAGCCUGAAGAUGAGGUACUCAAGCACACCACUGACACAGUUCUGGUGUGGUGUGGAGAAGGAGUAUCCUGAAUUGGAGAAACAUGCCCUGAAUGAACUGUUGCCUUUUGGGUCCACAUACCUGUGUGAGGUGACAUUCUCCGCCAUGACCCACAUCAAGACUAAACACAGGAACAGACUCAACUUGGAGAAUAACCUGGUCACAGCUGUUGCAACAAUCUCCCCCAGACUCACAAAACUGAUGGGAGGGCUCAAGUGUCACAUUAAUUGGUGA